CCAACAACUUCUCCUAUGUUGUCAGCUUCAGCAAACGCAGCUUCUGCAAUUGCACCUUUGGCAGCUUCUAUAUCUUCCAAGCCACUUAAUCCUGCAAUUCCUUUGUGCAUUUGUCAUUGGUCAAAAUGGUUGGAUUUUGGCACUUCAACAAUAGGUCCUAAAGGUGGAAAACUUAUACCUGUCAAAGCCAUCACUGAUGCUUAUCCGAUUAUUUGUUCAAAACCACAGAAAGUUGAAUGCCGCUCAAAACUUUAUCCUGCACUUGCUCUUUCUCAGCUUGGCCAGACAGUGACGUGUAAUCUUGAAGAUGGCCUUGUUUGCUUGAAUAAAAACCAAAGUGUUACCCAGCAGUGCUUUGACUAUGAGAUGAGAUUGUUGUGUUGUCAUGAAGAGUGUGUUAGUGCAACACUACCAGCAGCAGUAUCUCUAGUUUUAAACAGUUCCUCCACAAGUGUAAGGUCAACUACUGCACCCCCAAAAAGAGAUUUGGCUGCAACAAUUUCAGAAACAUUUCCUUCUCAUUGUAUUUGCCAGUGGUCAAAUUGGGUGAAUAAUGGAAGCCUGACAACAGGGCCUAAAGGCGGCAAACUAAUAUCAAUCAAAUUCAUCACUGACACUUAUCCAACCACUUGCUCAAAACCACAGAAAAUUGAAUGCCGUGCAAAGCUUUAUCCUGGAUUUACUCUCUCCAAACUUGGUCAGGCAGUGACAUGUAAUCUUGAAGAUGGACUUGUUUGCUUAAAUAAAAACCAAAGUAUUACCCAGCAGUGCUUUGACUAUGAGAUGAGAUUGUUGUGUUGUCAUGAAGAGUGUGUUAGUGCAACGCUACCAGAAGCAAUAACUCUAGCUUUACGCAGUUCCUCCUCAAGUGUAAGCACAACCACUGCACCCCCAAGUCAAGAUAUUAAUACAACCAUAUCAAAAACAUUGAAUUCUAAAUGUAUUUGCCAGUGGUCAGACUGGGUGAACUUUGGGAGCCCAACAACAGGGCCUGAAGGUGGUAAACUAAUACCAGUCAAAUUCAUCACUGACACCUAUCCAACAACCUGCUCAAAACCACAAGAAAUUGAAUGCCGUGCAAAACGUUAUCCUGGACUUGCUCUCUCCCAACUUGGCCAGGCAGUGACAUGUAAUCUUAAAAAUGGAGUUGUUUGCUUGAAUAAAAACCAAAGUAUUACCCAACAAUGCUUUGACUAUGAGAUGAGAUUGUUGUGUUGUCAUGAAGAGUGUGUUAGUGCAACUCUGCCAGCGGCAAUAACUCUAGCUUUACGCAGUUCCUUCACAAGUGUAAGCACAACCACUUUAGCCCCAAGAAGAGAUGUUAACACAACAAUCUCAAAAACAAUAAAUUCUAAAUGUAUUUGCCAGUGGUCAGACUGGUGGAAUUUUGGGAGCCCAACAACCGGGCCUAAAGGUGGUGAACUAAUACCAGUCAAAUUGAUCACCAACACUUAUCCAACCAUAUGCUCAAAACCACAAAAAAUUGAAUGCCGUGCAAAACUUUAUCCUGGACUUGCCCUUUCCCAACUUGGCCAAACAGUGAAAUGUAAUCUUGAAGAUGGACUUGUUUGCUUGAAUAAAAACCAAAGUAAUACCCAGCAGUGCUUUGACUACGAGAUGAGAUUGUUGUGUUGUCAUGAAGAGUGUGUUAGUGCAACGCUGCCAGAAGCAAUAACUCUAGCUUUACGCAGUUCCUCCACAAAUGUAAACACAACCACUGUACCCCCAAAAAGAGAUGUCAACACAACCAUCUCAAAAACAAUGAACUCUAAAUGUAUUUGCCAGUGGUCAAACUGGGUGAACUUUGGGAGCCCAACAACAGGGCCUGAAGGUGGUAAACUAAUACCAGUCAAAGUCAUCACUGACACCUAUCCAACAACCUGCUCAAAACCACAAGAAAUUGAAUGCCGUGCAAAACUUUAUCCUGGACUUUCUCUUUCCCAACUUGGCCAGACAGUGAUGUGUAAUCUUGAAGAUGGACUUGUUUGUCUAAAUAAAAACCAAAGUAUUACCCAGCAGUGCUUUGACUACGAGAUGAGAUUGUUGUGUUGUCAUGAAGAGUGUGUUAGUGCAACGCUACCAGCAGCGAUAACUCUAGCUUUACGCAGUUCCUCCAGAAGCAUAAGCUCAACCACUGUACCCCCCAGAAGAGAUAUGGCUGCAACAAUUUCAAAAACAUUUCCUUCUUCUUGUAUUUGCAAAUGGUCAGACUGGAUGGACUUUGGCAGCCCAACAACUGGACCUGAAGGUGGUGAAAUUUUACCAAUGACAAAAAUAACAAACACAUACUCUAAUAUUUGUCCUGCUCCAACUAAAGCUGAAUGCCGUGCAAAACAUUACCCUGGAGUACUACUUUCACAGCUAGGCCAGGUAGUAACAUGCAAUUCUCAAGAAGGACUAGUUUGUCUAAACAAGAACCAACAUGUUACACAGCAAUGCUUUGAUUACGAGAUUAAGGUGUUAUGCUGUCAAGGACCAUGUGGAAAAUCAUCAAAAAUUUCACCAAGAAUUCAGCGUUUAUCCUACAGUGCAGUUGUGACUCCACCAAGUUUGCCAGAUGUCACCGUUUCAUCAGGAGGUCACAUCACUGCACAUCAUGACUGUGUCUGUGAAGUUUAUGGCAAUACAUUUAAUCCAGAAUCUGAAAUUUACAAUAUAACCGAUGGUGAUGGAUGGUGUUAUAUUGCAAAAUGUGUCAAAAUAGAAGAGAGGUGUGAUGUGAAAAAAAUAUCAGGACCAUGUUUAACAACAGUAUUUCCAGCAGCCUCUGUGCCACUAACAGGCAACUGUGAGAAACAUACGCCUCCCCUUACCAAUGGUGAAUCUGUCAAAGUGGGAAAUUGCCUAAUCGGGACAUGCAUGAAUGGUUAUAUUCAGUAUAAAGCAGUAGACUGUGAUCCAGUACAGUACCCUGUGUGUGAAAACAAGUUUUCACCACUGAACGUUUCUGAUGAAUCAGGAUGCUGUUUUAAACACGAGUGCCAAUGUAUUUGCAAUGGCUUUCGUGACCUGCAUUACAUCACAUUCGAUGGAAUAUAUUACCCUUUUCAAGGAAACUCCUCUCUUGUGCUUGUGCAAGAAAUUGAUUCAAAGUAUAAUUUUAGUGUUGUAGUUGAUAAUAUCUGUGACAUUGAAGAUGAUCUCUCCUGUCCCAAGUCCCUGGUGGUCCAUUAUAAAUCUUUUAAGAUCUUCAUGACUCAGAGAGUUUCUGCUGGAGCUGUUAUAAAUUUGAUUUACUUGAACAACAAGAAAGUCAGGUUACCAUUUCAAUAUGAAGAUGUCCGUGCUACAGAGACUGGCAUGGAGUCUAUUGUGGUCUUAUCUGAGAUUGAUACACAGAUCUCUUUUACUGGCACAAUGUUUUCCAUCCACCUCCCAUGGCAAAAGUUUAAUGGUAACACAGAAGGACUCUGUGGCGUGUGUGAUAAUAACCAAAUAAAUGAUUGUCGUCUGCCAAAUGGCACCAUUAUAUCAUCUUGCCAAGAGAUGGCUUCAUAUUGGCAUGCGCAUGAUAGCAAGAACAGCAAAAACCUUCUGCCACCCAGACCAGAGUCCACCUCAGUGUCAUCAUGCGCUUAUUCUGCAAUGUGCAAAAUCAUUGAACACAAGAUCUUUGAGAAAUGUCACAGGUUUGUCCCAGUUGAGCCAUAUGUGUCAGCAUGUACAUUUGAUGUGUGUAACAAGAGCAAUGCAACCAUUGGCUGUGCCAGUCUGCAGGCCUAUGCUCACGAAUGCGCAAUGGCAGGAGUUUGUGUAGACUGGAGAGAUGCAACAAAUGGAGUUUGUGAUUUUAAGUGUAAAAGCCCGCAGAGGUAUCUAGCAUGUGGUCCUCAAGUGGAGCCAACCUGUGAUGAAAGAUUUAAUCAGGAACAUUUGCAUGGCAAUAAUGCAUUCAGUAAUUUGGAAUCAAUGCUGUGGGAAGGAUGUUAUUGCCCAAGUGGCACCACACGUUUGAGACGCAACUCUAAUAUAUGUGUUCCAAGCUGUGAAUUUAAGGAGUCCAUCACAACAUCUUUCUCCUAUCAGAAACACAGUGUGUCGGUCUGAGGAUCACAGGUUUCAGGAUCCAGCACCAUCACUGUGGGAAAAGCAUAACAGAGACCACUGAUUUAGCUAGAUUAAAUGUUACUUUUAAAUCUUAGUUUAGGUGUAAAUUAUAAUUUACUCAUACUUGUGUACAUGAAUAAAAACUGAAUAAAAAUGCUGCAUUUAUUAUAUUUAAC